UGGAGCUGGAGCCCGAGCUGCCGCCAGCCGCCCGCCUCAGGCUCUCUCUGCCAGCCGUGCGGCCAGGCCCGCGGUGUGGUCGGGAGAGCCGGGCGGCAGAGAAGGAAGGAGCAGGUACGGCCUCCCAGCCGGGACCGGUAAGCCGAAGCCCUUGAGCCGCUCGCUGCCGCCGCGACCGCGAGGAACAAGGACGAGCGCGGAGCAGCGCCUGCCCAGACCCCGGAACGCGCACCCGGCCCAACGCCCAGACACGGACCGUGCGAGCCGCCCCCGCCCCAGUGCCGCCCCACCUCAGCCCGGCCCGCGCCCUGGACGCCUCCGCACCUCGGGCCGGCUCCGGCUCAGUCCCCGUAGCUCUUCUCCGCCCCCGCCGCAGCCUCCGCCGCAGCCGCAGCCUCCGCCCCCGGCCCCACUCCGCCCGCGACCCCAGCCCUAUCCCCGGCCCUGCCCGCGGCCCCGCCAACCUCCGCUCCGGCCCCGUACCCGGAGGCCCUGCCGGCACGAUGCUGCCCAGCUCCAUCCAGAUUUCGGGGGAGCCGCUGUCCGGCGCCGAGGUGCGGGACAUCUGCCGCGGCCUGCGCGACAACGCCGUGCGCCUGCUCUCGCUGCGCGGCUGCCGCCUCUGCGACCGCGACUUCGGCCGCAUCUGCCGGGCCCUGGCCGGGGCCACGUCUCUGGCGCAACUCAACCUUAACCUGGGCGUCGUGUCCAGCCCUAGCCGCAUCAAGCAGCUGGCUGAGGCUCUGCGGACCAACCGCUCCAUCCAGUCCCUCUUCCUGCAUGGGAGCCCCCUGACAGAUGCGGGGCUGGCCUUGCUGAACCCAGCCCUGGCCCUCCACCCUGCCCUCGUGGCUCUGGACCUGGGGGACUGCAUGCUGGGUGAUGAAGCCAUCAACCUCAUCUGUGGUCUCCUGCCCCCAGACGGGGCCAAAUCUGGCUUGAAGGAGCUAACGCUGAGUGCCAACCCUGGCAUCACCCCUAAGGGCUGGAGCCGCCUCGCCAUUGCUGUGGCCCACAGCUCCCAGGUCCGCGUCCUCAAUCUGGAUUACAACCCCCUGGGUGACCAUGUGGCAGGAAUGCUGGCUGUAGCUGUGGCCUCCAGUCGUACCCUAGAGGUCCUAGACUUGGAGGGCACAGGGCUCACCAACCAGUCAGCUCAGACCCUGCUGGACAUGGUAGAAAAUUACCCCACAGCUUUGCGGAGCCUGGUGUUGGCUGAGAACAGCAUUAGCCCAGAGCUGCAGCAACAGAUCUGUGACCUCCUCUCUGAGGGAGAGGAGGAGGAGGAAGUGGCAGGAGGGGCUGGCGACACCCAGGAAUGGGAGAGAGGGCGGGAGCCUGCUGCCCACCAGAGGGGCAGCAGCUCCUGGAUGUGCCCCAGUGAUCCCAGCUCUCAGAUGGUGCUAAUGACAUCAGGACUAGGGGACAGUCUGUUGGCUGAGACCGAGAUGUGACUCUCCACUGGGCCUCUGCACACCAUUUCACUUGUCUAUUGUUCAAGCCCCUUGCCCCAGAUACCAGGCUCAGGCCCUGGGGCUUGGGAGGGAACUGGGGUCAGGGGCUGCAUGGGGGCUCUGGCAGCUCCUGGCAGUGUGGUGGGAAGGAAGCUCUGGAAGCUGUGACUGAGCAACAGCCUUGGGGGGUAUUUGAACCCAGGGCAAUGCCUUUGAACUUGGCAGCUCUGGCUGCAACCCGCUGGCUGGGAAAAGAUUUUAUGAACUCCACAA